AUGGAGGACAUAUGUGAGGAACUUGAUCGGUUCACCGUUGAAUUUUUUGACACUCUCGAAUGUCUUCAGGAGAAAAGGGAAUACCUAAAUGCUUCAAUAAGAGAUGGAUAUCUAAACCUGUCAAAGGCUCGUUAUUCGAUGGGAAACAAAUCCGUGGGUGCUUUGCAAUAUAGUCAUAAAAUGGACUGCGCGCUGUAUCAUGUAAGUUUAUUUGGAGACAUUUCUAAAGAGGAGUCCGAAAACGCUGUUGUAACGUUCGAAAUGGAGAAAGCACUGCCAAGAAGAGCAAAGGGUACUUCAAAAACUGGUUAUAAUGAAAAAGAAGAAGAGGAAAACGUAGUCAGAAGAAGGAAACCUCAAAGAUCAGGUGCUUCGAGCGAUGAAGCAACGUCGCGUAUCCAGGAAUUGUAUAUCUCUAAAGAGGAAAACUUGCCUGUAGAAGAUGAAAAUGUUGAUGGUUGUGUUCAAGAUCCCCUUAAAUGGUUUGGAAUCUUGGUUCCUGGUUGUUUAAAAACGGGUCAAAAGAAUUUUCAGAGCGCCGUUGAACUAAGCUGUGACAUUGUCAACCUUGAAAUGAAGGUGAAAGAGAUCAUAGAGAAGUUGAACGUUUUAAAAAUUCGGAAGAAAGAAUUGUUAGAAGAGAGGAACAAAUUGCAAGAAAUCGAAGACUGAUUGUUACCUUACAAAAAAAAAGGUUGUGAUAUCUUGGGCGAUAUAUUAGCUCUUUUCUUUGUAGGAUAUCAAAUGUAGGAUAUUUUCUGUAUUAAAAUAUUCAUGAGUAAGAGAUCAGGUACAUGUACCAACACAAUGAGGGGUCUUCAAUUGUUUAGUGGAGAAGUAUCGCAGUUACAUCAGGAAUGAACUUAUUUGAUUUUGAGGUUGAUCAAGGAGGAGCCAAUUGUUCAGACAAUAUGGGAUCUUAAAUGAUCUUAGAGAACAAACUAAACUUUAUAAAUUAAUGAAGAGGGUAAAUUUCUAAAAAAGCUGUGGUGCUGCAUCAGUGGGGGUUUUACCAGAUGCUAUUGUUUUAUCAACUGAGUUGAUCAUGCAAAUAUGCCACUUAAGAGAGUUUCAAAUGUUAGCCCUUUGUCAGAACAAAUAUCAGGUUUCAAUUAACUUCAUCAACCAAAUCAGGAUAAUUUCCUUCCAAGCUGAAGAUCUGGGAUAUUUAGUGGAAUUUAACCAUUUACUCCCUAACAUCAGUAUGCAUAUUCUCCAUAUUACUCCUCAGACAUUUCCAAGGGUUCUGACAAGGAGAAUUUGUUCAACAAUCAAGAGCUUCUUUAAUUGGUUAUCAUCUCCUUCAUUCUCCUAACCUUAAUGUUUGAUUCAGGGAUGAUGUUGUAAGGAGAAAUUAGAUGUUAGUCAGUCUUAGAGGUUAAAGGGUUAAACAAAGAGCAUAAAAGUGCUGGUAAUUAUGAUUAUGCAGUUCUUCACAAAUAUGUGUUUGUUGGCUGACUUCAAAUGAGUUAGUGAACUUGGAAAAAGUUUAUCUCCUUGUUUUUUUAUAAAAUUAUGGUUAACUUGAUUACCUCUUAGGAGUGACUGG